AAAGGCAGCAAUCAUUGCAAGAGCUUCUCCAGAUCGAUCGGGUGAGGCUGUGGGUGCGUCUUGAAAAAGGCUGUAAUCAUCAGCUUGCGAUUGUUUCACGAUUGUACGUGUGCAAGUGACAGUGUAAGGCUGUGUGUGUGUGGAUUCGGAGGCUAGUACAUACGCUACUACUGUCCCAAGUGUAGUGUAAAGCUGUGUGCCCGCUGCCCCCUCAUUUCCCGGGGAGGCCCUUCGGAGUGACAUGAACUCCCGAAUCAAGGAGGAUGUCAGCCGACUGUUUGAGUUCUGGUGCGAAAUUGCCCCAGGUACGGCAGACGACUCCGCACCGGGCUACAUCGUGGAAAGCUUCCCGGAGUCGUUCAAGGAUGCGAAGGUUACCGCCGACAUUCCUGCGUUUGCGUUUCCGUGUGCGUUUGAAAGCCGCACUAUCCAAGUCCACUCGUUUGUGCUGACCAACAUCGAUUCCAAAUGGCGGUUCGGGUUCUGUCGGCACGAUCCAAAAUCACCCACAGCGAUGGUGAUUAUCACGUACCUUCCGUGGCACGAUACGUUCAUGCGCUUCCUGAACGUGUUGGCCGAUAUACGGAAGAACCGACCGAACGAGUUUGCCUCGUUUUUGGCCGAAUCAUACAACAAAGGUGUACCGGAGCCGGGAGCCUGUCUCAAGCUACACUACGACCGCGCCUCCCAAACGUUCCUGUUCCAAAGACCUCAACAGUUCCAGCUUCCCAGUAUUCCGGAGAAUCACAAUCUCAACCAAUACUACAACUUUGUGGAACCAAAAUUCAUGAUAGGAAUAUUUGCCGCUAUGCUGGCAGAGCGGCGCAUCAUAUUUGUUUCGCGUCGCCUAGACAUCCUCUCGUCGUGCGUGCAGGCGGCCAACGCCUUCCUCUAUCCGAUGGUAUGGCAGCACAUCUUUAUACCGGUGCUGCCGAUGCAGAUGAAAGACAUACUCGCUGCACCGAUGCCGUUCCUUAUCGGCGUACCGGAGGCGGUGUACGAGACGCUGCGACGGGAGGAGAUUGGUGACGUCGUUAUACUGAACUGUGAUAAACGAACGCUGGAAACACCGUUCGACGAUGUGAAAAGUAUGCCCCAGGAAUUGGUUAGCUCGCUCAAGAAGCAGCUCUCUAAUCAGGCCGAUCAUCGGGGCGAUCGGGUUUCAAAGAUAUUUCUAGGUAUUCUAGUGCAAUUAAUCGGUGGAUAUCGGGACGCGGUAAAGUUUAACGAUAAAAUUACCUUCGAUCCGGAAACGUUCAUCGAGUCACGGCCGUCGCAUUUACGACCGUUUUUGGACAAAAUGCUUGAUUUGCAAAUUUUCCAACAGUUCAUCGAAGAACGUUUGGAUAUGUUAAACACUGGUCAGGGAUUUUCGGACGAGUUCGAGGUGGAGUACUUUCGGUACGCGGAAAAGUCAGGCCGCAAGACGAAACAGUACAAGGACCUGCUGAAAAACUUCAAGGAUAAGACUAAUCCGGCAGUACGUUCGGCGGUCAAAUCGGUCAAGGAGGGUGGUAAAGGUGUGAAGACCGCUUACAAAGGCUUACGGUCCAAGUUUCGCGAAACGACCCCACCGAAAACCAAGCUCGACAGUAGCAGUAGUUUGCAUCUGCACCAUCAGUACGACGUUGGCGGCCAUCAUCAGUCAGCGCCCAACUCGCCCGUUUUUAACAAGCGGCCACAAACGAUCGCCCUAGCGGACGAUGUGUACCACACGCACAACCCGCAUCAAAUGCUUACACCCUCGUCAACCUCGCUACACAACUCACCACAUAUCCUGCUGGGCAGCCAUCAUCAUCAACACCAUAUGCAUCAGUCACUUCCGCAAAGCAAUGGUGUUGUUGGGAGUGGCAGCGCCGGCAAUAGUAGCAGUGCCGGGUAUCAUAGCGCCUCGGCAGCGAUGACACGUAGCGGUAGUAGUGCUGCUGGCAGCACAAGCCACAUGAACAACAAUCACAGCUAUGCGAACAGCAGUAACAACAAUAACCACAUGACCAGUAGCAGUGCGAGCGACAUACGCAGCCCUACGCUAAGCCCCACCAGCUCGAACUCUUCGUCCGAGAUGAACCUGUGGCAGGAGAUGCAGCACCAUCUGACGUUGUUUAAAUCGCCCGCCGUUAAUCGGAAUCUCAAACCAACAAACAGUGCGGAAGGCGGAAACUCCGGCAGUCGGCCAUCGUCCCGGGCGGGAGCACCGGUCAGUCCACCGGGUGGAAGUGGUAAUGCACUACCUCGUAUACAAGAGUCUGUAGCAGUCGGGUCGCAACCUCUGCUAAGCCUCGAUCUCGACUAUUCGCGACAAACUACCGGGCGACCAUGCAAUAGCUGCAAUAACAAUGGCAGCGGCGACUACCACGAUGACGAUCAGUCAAACUUUGAUCUCUCGCCAGACGCACCGUGUCCACCGAUACCGCCCAGGCGGUUCCAAUCGGCGGCCGACGCACUGGCUGCCAUUCAAAUUUCUCCCCCACCCAUGUCACCUCCGUCGUCUUCCUCGUCGAACUCAUCGCCCUAUCGUACCUACAACAACUUCAUACCUCCCGUACCAAAGACGAAGCCACCGAUCGCUGUUCCCUCCGGUACGUCUUCCCCCUCGAUCAUCGACCAAUCACCUCCCUUACCAUCCCCUCCGCCUCCACCGCCUUUGAAGGCUCAGGGCGAUUCCUCCGUCCGGCGCAACGACAUCCUCCAGUUCGAUGACGAGGAGGAACAGCUGAUCACUCUUACCACUACAACGGCGACGGUCGGUGAAAAUAUCGCGGGUAUCGUGGGUAUCGCGACCACAACCACCACCAGCAUGUCGAUGACGUUCGGGCAGCCGGUGGUGGUCCGCAAGCAAGAGCUCUCUCCCACGUCCAACAAUAGCACAAUGCACAACAGUAGCAAUCACAUCCUGCCGCCAUUGCUGACGUCCCAAACGCAACAUCAGAAGCAUCAGCCGAUCGUACAAAGUGCAGCAACAGCCGGCAAAACGCCACCCCUGCAGCAUGCCUAUACCUUGCCUCAUCCACCGAAAGCGCAAGCGCCCCAGCCACCGCAACGGCCACCGCUUGCUCCGAAGCCCACCUUCCGCAAAGAGUCUCAAAACGGUGAUACACCCGAUUUCCCUGCGUCUACGUCCGGGGCCGGAAGGGCAACCCCGCUGGUAAACGAUGAAUCCCUCGAUCUAAUCACACUGGACACUACCAACUCGAGCUUCGAGCUGGAGGACUUUGAUCCGCUCAAUGACCGGGCCAAACCAAUCGGUACGGGUGGCACGGCCAGCACCACGCAUGUGACUCCCAGCUCAGCACUAACACCACCACCCAGCUAUUCGAGUGGCAGCUUGGCAAAAGCGUCCGGCGUAACGAUGCCCACGGCAUCCUUUCCCUCGACCAGCCUGAGCGUUAAUAAUCCGGUCUAUCCUUACUUUACACCGCUUUACCAACAAAACGUCGCGUCUUCGCACCCUCAUCCACAACACCAACAUCACAACCAACAUCGAUCACCGGUAGGCACGGGAAGCGAUGGACAAUCACAGCGUCCGUUCAGUAGCGGCGGUGAACGCACCAACACGUCCACUGGUGCUGGUACUGGUGCCAGUCCACGGGCAAGUAAUGUCUCGGAUGAUUUCGAACUGUUGCGAAACUAUGGUUUAGAUAAAUUCUCACUGCUGGACGGUGGUAGCACAAAGCCUACGUCACUGCACAUUAACGGGAGCACUGGUAAAGCCGAGCAACAGCAACAUACGACCAAUAUUCUUCAUAAUGCGCAGGUUCCGAAUGGCCGUCAGAUGGGCUGCAAUGGUAGCAAGUACCACUCAUCGAUGGACGGGAGCAACGGUCAGCCGAAGUCAACAUUUAGCAACUGGACAACGUUCGAUUGAUCAUGGCCA